UAUCUCUCUCAAACCGCUCCUCUUCCUGGAAUGAAUCGUAGUUCGAUCAGCCCUCCCUCUUCUUCUUGCUCACUUCCUGCUGCACUCUGUCCUCAUACUUCAUGGUUCCCUCCCCUUUAGAUCUACAGUUUGAGGAUGGGUGUAACCAACAACACCUGCACAGUAACAUGCUUUGUUGAUCAGAGGUGAAACUUGUUUUCAGUUAAGAGGAAGUGAUUCUCAGACAGUCGUUGUUACCGAGAGGAGAAAUGGCGCAGAAAGGAGUUCAGCUGGACCGGGAAACCUUCUCUUGUUCGAUCUGUCAGGAUCUCCUGAAGGAGCCGGGGACUCUUACCUGUGGACACAGCUACUGCAUGAAGUGUAUUAAAAGCCACUGGGAUACAGAGGAUGAGAAGACAGUCUACAGCUGCCCUCAGUGUAGACAGACCUUCACAGCGAGGCCUGACCUGAGGAAAAACACCAUGUUGGCAGAUUUAGUGGAGGAGCUGAAGAAGACUGGACUCCAAGCUGCUCCUGCUGAUCACUGCUAUGCUGGAUCUGAAGAUGUGGCCUGUGAUGUCUGCACCGAGAGAAAACUGAAAGCCUGUAAGUCCUGUCUGCAGUGUCUGGCUUCUUACUGUGAGAAACACCUCCAGCCUCAUGAUGCAGCACCUCCAUUAAAGAAACACAAGCUGGUGGAGCCCUCCAAGAAGCUCCAGGAGAACGUCUGCUCUCGUCAUGAUGAGGUGAUGAAGAUGUUCUGUCGUACUCAUCAGCAGUCUAUCUGUUAUCUCUGCUCUGUGGACGAACACAAAGGUCAUGACACAGUCUCAGCUGCAGCAGAAAGGAGUGAGAAGCAGAGAGAGCUGGAGGUGAGUCGACAAAACAUCCAGCAGAGAAUCCAGGACAGAGAGAAAGAUGUGAAGCUGCUCCAACAGGAGGUGGAGGCUAUCAAUGGCUCCGCUGAUAAAACAGUGGGGAACAGUGAGAAGAUGUUCACUGAGCUGAUCCGUCUCAUGAAGAAAAGACGCUCUGAUGUGAAGCAGCAGGUCAGAUCCCAGCAGCAAACUGAAGUGAGUCGAGUCAGAGAGCUUCAGGAGAAGCUGGAGCAGGAGAUCACUGAGCUGAAGAGGAGAGACGCUGAGAUGAAGAAGCUAUCACACACACAGGACCACAACCAGUUUCUACACGACUACCCCUCACUGUCACCACUCAGUGAAUCUACACACUCAUCCAGCAUCAAGAUCCGUCCUCUGAGGUACUUUGAGGACGUGACAGCGGCUGUGUCAGAAGUCAGAGAUAAACUACAGGACGUCCUGAGAGAGAAAUGGACAAACAUCUCACAGACAGUGACUGAAGUGAACGUUUUACUGCCAGAACCAGAGCCCAAGACCAGAGCUGAGUUCUUAAAAUAUUCAUGUGACAUCACACUGGAUCCAAACACAGUAAACACACAGCUGUUAUUAUCUGAUGGGAACAGAAAAGUAACAUUAAUGGGUCAGAACCAUCCUUAUUCUAGUCACCCAGACAGAUUCGCUGAAUGGUGUUUUCAGGUCCUGAGUAAAGAGAGUCUGACUGGACGUUGUUACUGGGAAGUGAAGAAGAGAGGAAGAGUUUCUGUAGCAGUCACAUACAAGAAUAUCAGCAGAACAGGGAGUUCGAGUGAGUGUGUAUUUGGACGUAAUGACAAAUCUUGGGCGUUAGAUUGUUUCAACAACAGAUAUAACUUUUAUUACAACAAUGUCAAGACUCGUGUCUCAGGUCCUCAGUCCUCCAGAGUAGGAGUGUACCUGGAUCACAGAGCAGGUAUUCUGUCCUUCUACAGCAUCUCUGAAACCAUGACUCUCCUCCACAGAGUCCAGACCACAUUCACUCAGCCUCUACAUGCUGGACUCGGGGUUUAUUGUGUUGGAGGCCCUGCUGAGUUGUGUAAACUGAAAUAGACAGAAGUCAUUAACGAGACAGAUGUUUAACUUGCUGUGUUUUAAAUCUUCAACUUGAUUUUUAUCCACGCUCGUUGCUGAAAUCUGAUCAUCGUCACCUGUCAAUCAAACUUUAUGGGCGGUACUUGGACCUCUUGUCUGUUCUGUAAAUGUUUGAGUGUCUUUA